CCAACGUGCGAGGCAGCGCCGCCGCGAGCGAACUCCAUUCCCUUUCCAAUUUCCACCCUGCUGCUGCAGUCGCCGGCGGCGAGGAGGAGCUGAGAGAUGGCGGACGCCGGCGGCGUGAGGGAGCGGGAGGAGGAAGAGGACGACGACUUCGUCUGCCUGGAUCCGUCCUUCUUCAUGAAUCGCAACUACGAGAUGAAGACCUUCACCUACGGCUCCCAGGAGCUCCAACUCCUCUGCCUCAGCUCCGCCUGCACUGAUUAUGAUCUUACUGGACAGUUAGUAUGGCCAGGUGCUGUUCUGAUGAACACGUACCUAUCUGAACACCCUGAGACUGUGAAGGGGUGUUCAUUAAUUGAGUUGGGAUCUGGGAUCGGCAUUACCGGAAUAUUGUGCAGCCGUUUCUGCAAAGAGGUGGUAUUGACUGAUCACAAUGAUGAAGUUCUAGAGAUUAUAAAGAAAAAUAUAGAGAUGCAGUCAUGUUCUGGCAAUGCGGAUGCAGUGUUGACUGCUGAGAAGCUAGAAUGGGGAAAUCAUGAUCAUCUAAGCAAUAUCAUUGAAAAACAUCCUGUUGGAUUUGAUCUCAUUCUUGGAGCCGAUAUCUGCUUCCAGCAAGCUAGCAUUCCAUGUCUCUUUGAUACUGUAGUGAAGCUUCUUCGUAUGCAGGCCAAUACAUGUAGAUUUAUACUGGCUUAUGUAUCACGAACCAAAGUCAUGGAUGCACUAGUACUGAAGGAAGCUGAAAAACGUGGAAUGGUUGUCAAGGAAGUGGACGGGACAAGAACAACCAUCACAGAUCUCGAAGGCGUCAUAUUCGACAUCACCCUCAAAUGACGCCUCCGAUGGAAUGCUUGGGUGACAAUUCCAUCAGACAGGAACAAGAUGUGGAGCCUCCUAUCAGGAAAGCCAAUGUUACCGCCUGCAUGAUCUGCUGAGCUGGCCCUGAACAUGAUGUGGUCUCUAGUUUGCAUCUCUCCACUCCAUGGGAGAAAACAGUAGUACAACACUAGCAUCAGUCCUGAUAUGGCGCUGAUUGAUUCAGCACAACUUUUAAAUGACUCGCCGGUCGUGGCCCUUUUCGCUAAAUCAAGAAGCGAUUCGGGUCACGACGUGACAGCGUUUUUCCUAUACCGUCUAUCAAGAACCAAUGAGAUGACCAGGCACUGAUGGAAGUCCUUGAUCGAGAGGAUUCAAUCAAGAAAGAGCUGCCAGAAGCAGUUGCAUCA